GGCCUGCGUCCCAGGAUGCUCCGCUGGGCAAGAUGGCCGCGCCGGGGGCGGAGGCCGGGGGGAAUGGGUGUUAGGCCUGUGUGGCCCCGCCGGCACUUCCUUUAGGACCCUGCGGAUUCCGCGGAAGGAACUUGCGUCCCUAGCCAACAAAUGCAUGUGGGCUUUUUUCGCUGUGGCCACGGGGACGUCCCGAUAGAGCCUUUGCCCUGAUAGGCAACCCCGGCAUUUAGCCGCCCGGACCCGGAACCUCUGGAGGGCUGCAGAGUAAGGGCCGCCUCUGCGCUCCGACGGAGGCACGAGGCCAGACGUGCAGGUCCCUCUGUUCCGCCAGGUGCGACACUGAGCGCUCCAUGCCUGCAGGCGCGGGGAGGCGUGGCCUCCCCCAGGGCCGCCACCUCUGCUGGUUGCUUUGCGCCUUCACCUUAAAGCUCUGCCAAGCAGAGGCGCCUGUGCAGGACGAGAAGCUGUCAGUGAGCACUUCAAAUUUGCCGUGCUGGAUGGUGGAAGAGUUUGUGGUGGCAGAAGAGUGCACUCCAUGUUCUAAUUUCCAGACUAAAACCACCCCUGAGUGCAGUUCCACAGGCUAUGUAGAGAAAAUCACUUGCAGUUCAUCUAAGAGAAAUGAGUUCAAAAGUUGCCGCUCAGCUCUGUUGGAACAACACUUAUUCUGGAACUUUGAAGGGGCUGUCGUGGGUGUGGCCUUGGUCUUCGCUUGCCUUGUCAUCAUUCGUCAGCGACAACUGGACAGAAAGGCUCUGGAAAAGGUCCGGAAGCAAAUUGAGUCCAUAUAGCUACAUUCUACCCUUUUAUCCUGGGUCUUAGAGACCCCAUCUCUCAGACAGAGAAAGUGAAAUGGACUGACUUGCACCCUUGGUUCUUUAGAGCCUUGUGGUGGUAUCCUCUUCCCCGGUAAUCCUCUUUCAGAUCAUUUAUGAACAGAAUAAAAAGAGUAAAAUAGU